AUGGAGCCCAAUGACGCGGAGGAGACCCUCUCUCAAGCUUUGGAGUACCGAAACUCCCUGAGGCGCAAGCUCAACUUCGAUUGGAGCCAAGAGGAUGAGGAAGAAGCAGUUGGUGGCGGCGCCCUAGGCCGCGACGCGCAGGAGCAGGGGCGCGGCUCGGGCGGCGGCGCCCUGGGCCGCGACGCGCAGGCAUACAGACCUCCACGAUCAACUUCGGUCGAUGUCGACCAUGGCGCACAGCCCAUCGACGUCACCGAUGACAAUCUGCAUGACACCACACAGAAUAGCAUCAUGAAAGAAGUUUAUGACGAAGCAGAUUGGACUUUCGACAACACUAGAGUUUUUUGUGAAUUAUGCAUCCAAGAGAUAGAUGCUGGGAAUAGGGCAAAUGGCAUCAUGACCACCAGAGGAUACAACAACAUUGCUGAAAAGUAUAGUAUAGCGGUCGGUUUGCAUCAUUCAAAAGUUCAGUUGAAAAACAGAUUAGACUUGCUUAAGGGAUUGUAUAGCUUUUGGCUUCAAUUACUUAAAGAUACUGGACUUGGUUGGAAUGAAGCAUUAGGAACGGUGGUUGCAUCGGAGGACUACUGGAAUAAGGCAACAAAGGGCCAUCCAACAUGGAAACAAUUGAAGAGAGGUCCUCCAGAUCAUGAGGAUUUGUUACAAGAAAUGUUUGGAGGCAUUGUUGUGGAUGGCUCUAGUGCAUGUGCACCCGGUGAAGCGGUUGAAAGGAACGAAGAUGAAGGGCUUCCAGCUGGAGAUCAACAAGGAGAUGAUACUGAUAUGUAUUCAACACCACCUUCAACUGCCCAUGUUCCGAACAGAAGAAGCUCGCUGAAUCGUGCAAGUGGUAGUUCAGCGACUAGUCCAUUGAAGCAACCAAAGAACCAAAUGGUGAAAGUCAUGCAGAAAAUUCAUGCCACUUUGGAGAAUAAUUGUAAAAUUGCAAACAAGGUCAUGCUAGGUGAGCACUUGGAAGAAAAGAUCAAGGAAGUUCAAUCUAUGGCAGUUCGAUGUGGAGCAAGAGAAGGAUCAGCUGAACACUUCAUGGCAACGAGAAACCUAAGAAUCGAGCCACUUUUAAGGCAUUCGAAACCGAUGAAGGGAGGCUUCUUUGGUUGA